AGUUGUGCUUCGGUAUCGGUGUUAUUGCACAAAGGUGAUACGAAAAAUUUUAAUAUUCCAGCUAGCUAAGCCAACCAACGACCAUAACAUCCAAAUUAAGCAAAUCUGCAGAAGUCGGAAUGGAGUCCAAAUCUAGCGGAGGCCUUAUGCCGGAUCAUCGCGCCACGAUCAUCAGUCGCCGAGAGUUUCUGGUGAACAACGAGCUUAUGUCGGAUGUGGUAUUCCUAGUAGGCAAAACCAAGCAGAAAAUAUACGCACACAAACAGCUGCUCGUUACUGCAUCGGACUAUUUUUACAUCAUGUUCGAAGGAGAAUUCAAAGAGGCAAAGGCUGACGAAAUAACAUUGGGAGAUAUUGAAUGGCCCAUCCUGAAGGAGAUUUUACGUCACAUGUAUUGCGGAAAAACCAAUCUGAACAUGGACAAUGUUCACGAAAUUUUCAUUCACUCGAAGAUGUACAUGCUGUGGGAACUACUGAAUGAAAUAUGCGAUUUUUUGGUGCAAAAUGUCACACCGGAAACUGCGUUGGAGAUGCUAACUCGAAACCAAUUCUAUGAAUUUCAAGCAGUCGGCGAUAAAAGCAUCGAGCCUAUCCGGGACAACCCUUUGCAUUAUUUCGGUACUGAUGACUUUGUUGGAAUUGAUUCGAAAUCGCUUCAAGCCAUCAUGGAAUCAACAUAUUUGAAUUGUACCGGCGCUCAAUUAUUGAAAGUUUUGAAAAAUUGGCAGGAAGCUAAUCCAUCGGAAAAAGUUGAUUUAUUGAAAGCUUGUAUUGCACGCAAUACAGACCGUUAUCAUUGCCAUGAAUUACGAGUUUAUGGAGUCCGAAGCACAUCUUCUUGUCACCAAAGUUUGAGGGUGUCAUACACCUCAUAUAAUAAUGAAUACAAAAGCAUAUUCCUGUAUGGCAUCAGAGUGUUUGCUAAAAGCAAAGGUAUUAUUCAAGUUUACAUCGAAAGUUCAUCUCCGGCAGUUCUUUGCAAUAAAGAGUUCAAUGUUGACGAGCUUGAACAUAAUGGGAAAGCACAUUGCUUUUUUCCAAAAAUCGAAUUACUACCUGACAUUACAUACACAAUUAAAUUGUUGGGAGACGGACUAAACACAUCGGUGUGUAUCAUGAAUCCAGUCAUUUCUGAGGUUGGUUGGCCCACAUUUUCUCUAACCAAUACCAAUAAAUUUUCGCAGAUCGCAGAUUUUUAUUGUAAUACUACGCCGUUUGUUUCAAAGAAACGGCGAUUUGGAGAUGAGGGCCCAUCUGCUUAA